AUGCAUGGUGUGUCACUACAGGGGCCAUGCCGAUCUUUAGCAACAGCUGGGUGUGAUGGAAAAUUCUCAUCGAAUGUCCAGCGUGACAUCUUGAGGCGGGUUUCGAAACAUGACCCUGACGAGGUGCCAAUCGAUUGGGUUGAAGCUCCUGUCCAGAAACAGCGUGGUCCCAAUGGUGUCGAGAUGAGGAAAAUCCCACUUGUUCUUCCACAUGAUUUGGUCAUGAAGAUGCCCCUCAUCAGCGACUCUGAGAUCAAAGAGUACUGGGAUCACCUAUCUGCCUGCAACAGCCCUCUAGCAAAGGUCAGUGAAACAAAGACCCAUUACCCCCUCUGGAUCUGGGGUGAUGAGGCCCAGUACCGGGAAUCGGGAGAUGAGGUGUUACUGAUCAGCUUGGGUGCGGUUCUGGACCAGCGAAAAUAUAGUGUUGAAGCAUGCUUUCCCAUCUGCGUUGUGCGGACAGAACUGAAGGUGGGUUUCUCAACAGUUUUUGCCAUCUUGGAGGCUGUAGUCCAGUCCUUGCAGAUGUUGUACAGGGACGGUGUGGAGAUGCCUGACGGGAAGAGGAAGCUCUUGCAAUAUGAUGUGUGGGGAGGACUGGACAUGGAUGAAGGGGACCGCCUUCUCCUUGCAUACGACUGUUUCAAGGGCUUUUGCAGGUGCGUUGUUGCAUGGCUCUGUGAUGAAGUGGUGGGUUUGGCGAAUGGUGCAUACAGGGAUGACUGGAUUCCCCUUCUUGUGGCAUAUAGCAGAGUGGCAUCGCAAUGUGGAGAUGAUGCCCCGGUACCUAUCGAAUGA